GAUGCGGGUAGCAAAUAACUUGUACUUUCUAUUCCAGUAUAUUGAACAGAAAAUACGCGGCGAGGGUAAACGAUCUUAUCAUCAGGAGGGUCCAGCUUUGAUGCUUCCUCGCUCACUUUUGUUUCCUGUUGUGCUUCUGCUUCUCUGGAGGAUGAUGGACAUGAUGGAAAUGCCCACUGACGAGGUCACAUUUAUCAAAACUUUACGACAUUUUGGAAGAUCCCCUGGACCAAUGGGAUACAGCAACCCAAAGUACAUGGCAUUUACGGCCACGGAAGCGAGGCGUUUCCCCAACUUGGUGAACUUACACUCAGUGAUGAGGAAAUUACGAAAUGGGCAUCUUCUUACCACCUCGACAUUUACAACAUUAAACGCGACUAAAAUGGAUGACAUAACCGGCGAUGGCAACCAUCCCAAUAAGAGAGGAAAAGGAAGGAACAAAAGUAAAUUUGGCAAGAGAAAUACUAUUUCACUUUCAGACUCACCGUAUCCUAUCACUACGAUCUCCGGCCCUUGCGAAACGACUAUUGGAGGGCUUCAAAAGCUCUGUUCGGUUUGUCCGGCUGUGACAGACCUGGGUCCGACCAGGAGCCCGCGAUACAUCAACGAACUGUUGUGCGGAGGAGAUCAAUUCUGUGGGAUAGAAGGCGUGCAAGGAAUUUGCCAAAACACCGUUAUCAUCCAGGAUUUUCUGGUGAUCACAGGUGAUCAAUUGAACGUUUACUCGCAACCCAUCCGUGCAUGUUGUGAUUGCACUAUAUUUCCGUAACACACUGACUGUAAACAAGGGAGGAUGAGAGAAAACCCCUCUCUUGCUGUAAAUGGAUGGUACAUUGACUUGAAAUAAAGAAUUCUUCACUCUCCUAGUC